UAUCAUUUUGUGGUCUAAUGCUUCCACUAGUGACCUCAUCAAUGGAAGCUUCACUCCCAACACAAACUUUCAGAUGUCUCUAUAACUUGAGAUUCUACCAAACUUUGACGAGAAAUAUCAGCACGUCUUCGUGGUUCUGGUUCAAAAGUCUCAAGUCUCAAGUCUCAACCUUUGAAUCGUCGUUUCCUUCUUUCUCGCUUACCAGAUCUUCGAAAAAUCCUAACUUUUUGGAUUAUUUCACUUCCAUGGCUGCUUCAGCUGCAUUCUCCAUUUCAUCACCACCUUUCGUACCCUUUUCCUGCAAAACUCGCAGACCAUUUCUCUUGCUUACUCCAAAAUAUCCCAAACUUGUUUCGGUGCGAGCUUCUGUGCCCUCGAUCUCCAUCGAUGACAAAUCGCCAGUCCAAACUAAGACAAGCACUUGGCAAUGGAAGUUCAAGGGUAAUUCGAUCGGUAUAUACUAUGAAGAGCAUGGGAGGGAGAAGUGUGAAUCAGCUAAGAAUAUCCUAAUGAUACCAACAAUAUCCGAUGUUAGCACCGUUGAGGAGUGGAGAUCUGUGGCUAAAGACAUUGUGCAGCGCGAUGGGGAAGUCAACUGGCGAGCAACUAUUGUAGAUUGGCCCGGUCUUGGUUAUUCUGCCAGACCGAAGAUGGAUUAUGACACAGAUGUCAUGGAGAAGUUUGUGGUCGACUUCAUGAACUCACCUGAGAGCCCAAUGAGCCAGUCAGGUAAUGAUGAUCUAGUGAUCAUGGGAGGAGGGCAUGCGGCAACACUAGCAAUCCGUGCUACCCAACGUGGGCUACUAAAACCAUCAGCCAUUGCUGCUGUCGCACCUACAUGGGCUGGACCUCUCCCUAUUGUCUUUGGCCGUGAUUCUUCCAUGGUGUCGAGGUAUGGUAUGCUAAGAGGAACUCUAAGAGCACCUGGAGUUGGUUGGAUGAUGUACAACAUGUUGGUGAGCAACGAGAAGUCUAUCGAGUCUCAGUACAAAUCCCAUGUUUAUGCCGACCAAACCAACGUGACCGAUGCCAUAAUCCAAAGCAGAUACGAGUUAACAAAGCAGAAGGGAUCACGCUACGUCCCUGCAGCUUUUCUGACUGGUUUACUCGACCCGGUUUCAUCACGGGAGGAAUUUCUCCAACUGUUUGCUGAUUUGGAAGGGAAAUUACCGGUAAUGGUUAUGUCAACAAAAGGAGCUCCAAAAAGAUCGAAAGCAGAAAUGGAAGCAUUAAGAGGAGCCAAAGGAGUAAGCAAAUUCGUGGAAGUUGAAGGUGCACUCUUACCUCAAGAAGAGUAUCCUUCUCUUGUUGCUCAAGAGCUCUACAACUUCUUGCAAGAGACUUUUGCUAAAUGUUAGAUAGACGUAUACAGACAGGCCCAGGAAAUGUGGGCGCAGGCCCAUAGAGUGUUCAUUGUUUGUUGAACUCUACAUUUUUUUUUUAUCGUCUGGAUUUAUUAUUUAUUAUACAUUAUGAGAAAUAUUAUAUA